CGAAGAUUGCCACCUCUCUCUUCUCUACAUCAACAACCCCAAACCCUCUCCUUCUCCUUCUCCAUCUCCACACCACCAUUCUCUCCCCUGCCACACCUUUCCUCCCAAAUCUCUCCACCGCCGUCCCACGGCAGCUUCACUAAAUCAGCCAAAAUGGGAAAGGGUGGAUCCCUGAGUGACAGUGUUCUGAAAAAGAUCUUGCUUUCCUACACCUAUGUAGCCAUCUGGAUCUUCCUCUCCUUCACUGUUAUUGUUUACAACAAAUACAUCCUUGACAAAAAGAUGUAUAAUUGGCCAUUCCCAGUUUCUCUAACCAUGAUCCACAUGUCUUUUUGUGCCACUCUUGCUAUCCUUCUCAUUAAAGUUUUCAAAUUUGUUGAACCUGUCUCUAUGUCAAGAGAUGUUUAUCUCAAAUCUGUUGUCCCCAUUGGUGCUUUGUAUUCUCUCAGUCUUUGGCUUUCUAACUCUGCUUAUAUUUACUUAUCCGUUUCUUUCAUUCAGAUGUUAAAAGCCCUGAUGCCUGUUGCUGUUUAUUCUAUUGGGGUUUUGCUCAAAAAAGAGAACUUUAAGAGUAAUACUAUGGCUAAUAUGUUGUCAAUCUCUUUUGGAGUUGGGAUUGCUGCUUAUGGUGAGGCUAGAUUUGAUACUUGGGGGGUUAUUCUUCAACUUGGUGCUGUAGCUUUUGAGGCUACAAGAUUGGUAAUGAUUCAAAUCUUGCUUACAUCUAAAGGAAUCACGUUGAAUCCAAUUACUUCUCUUUACUAUGUGGCGCCUUGUUGUCUGGUUUUCUUGUUUAUCCCAUGGAUUUUUGUGGAAUAUCCUGUUUUGAAGGAGACUUCAAGUUUUCAUUUUGAUUUUGUCAUCUUUGGGACCAAUUCUUUGUGUGCUUUUGCCUUGAAUCUCGCCGUGUUCUUGCUUGUGGGAAAGACUUCGGCUUUGACCAUGAAUGUGGCUGGUGUGGUUAAGGAUUGGUUGUUGAUCGCCUUCUCUUGGUCCGUUAUUAAGGAUACCGUGACACCCAUCAAUUUGUUUGGCUACGGGCUUGCGUUCUUGGGUGUCGCAUACUACAAUCACGCUAAGUUGCAGGCUAUGAAGGCAAAAGAUGCACAGAAGAAGGCUCAGGAGGCUGAUGAGGAGGCUGGAAGGCUGUUGGAGGAGAGGGAAGUUGAGGGAAAUGUGAAGAGAAUUGAAUCGGAAAACUAACUUUUCAUUAUAAAGAGUUUAUUUAGUUAUAAGGAUUGGAUGAAGAGAGUAUGAAAAUAAGAGCAGAAGGGAGAUAUGGACUACAAAGGAUUGGUGUGAAACGAAGGGAGUUUUGUGCUUCUGUUUGCCUUUGGUCAUUCGGUAUGUUGGUUUUAGGUUUAUGUUUGUCAUAUGCUAGUUAUGAGUCUUAGUCAGUUAAAUGUUAGGGAUUUGAGAUCUGCAUUUGCUGGCUUUGCCGAAUCACAUCUCUCAACAGAGGAUGAAUCUCAAAUGCCUGUAUUUUACUUUUUGUUUAUUUUACCUCUUGAUCAUUUAUAUUACUGGUGUCGAUGUAGGAACAUCUUUUAUUGAUGAAGUUUUUUUAGUUCUUAUUUAUUCUUAA